AUGGGGGAUAUCGUUCCUGUUUCACAGACAAAGGAGAUCAAUGUUUCAUCAAUUCAAUGUCCAAUGCUGAAUUCGACUAACUAUACCGUGUGGGCAAUGAGAAUGAGAGUUCUUCUUAAAAUCCACAAGGUUUGGGAAGUCAUCGAAACAGAGACAACCGAAGGAGACAAGAAUGACAUGGCUAUGGGAUUAAUUUUUCAAUCAGUACCCGAAGCACUUGUUCUACAAGUCGGAGAAUUCAAAUCUGCAUAUAAAGUCUGGAACGCCAUCAAAGGACGACACGUCGGAGCAGAAAGAGUUAGAGAAGCACGGCUACAGACCUUAAUGGCAGAUUUCGAUCGUUUAAAGAUGAAGGACACCGAAACCAUUGAUGAUUUCAGUGGUAAACUAUCGGAAAUUUGCUCGAAAGCCGCUGCAUUAGGCACUAGUAUUGAAGAAUCAAAACUAGUUAAGAAGUUUCUUAAGAGUAUACCUCGGAAGAAGUAUAUACACAUCGUGGCAUCACUGGAACAAGUACUUGACUUGAACACAACGAGUUUUGAAGAUAUCGUUGGACGCCUCAAAGCAUACGAAGAACGUAUAUACGAAGAAGCUGAGGAAACUCAAGAAGAACAGAGCAAGUUAAUGUAUGCAAAUACAGAGACACAACAGAACCACAAUCAGAACAAUACGAAUAGAGGCAGGGGUCGUGGUGGACGCUUCAAUAACAGAGGAAGAGGACGCGGAAGAUCGUAUGACAGGUCAUAUGAGCCAAGAGACUUGUCAAAGAUCGUUUGCUAUCGGUGUGACAAAACCGGCCAUUAUGCCUCAAGUUGUCCAGACCGUCUACUUAAACUCCAGGAAACGCAAGAAAACGAAGAAGAAGAGGAUACACAAAAGGCAGAAUCUCUGUUAAUGCAUGAAGUUGUGUACCUUAACGAACAGAAUGUGAAACCAAAGGAGUUUGAGAUACGAUCAGAUAUGGAAUGGUACUUAGACAACGGCGCCAGCAACCAUAUGACAGGAAAUCGAGCCUGGUUCACUAAAAUCAACGAGAUGAUCACAGGGAAAGUACGAUUUGGCGAUGACUCACGUGUUGACAUCAAAGGAAAAGGUUCGAUACUGUUCAUAACAAAAAACGGUGAUAAGAAGAUACUAGCCGACGUCUAUUAUAUACCAAACCUCAAAAGCAACAUAAUAAGUCUAGGACAGGCUACUGAGAAGAUACUAGCCGACUCUCAGAUGUCUAUUAUCGGCAUUGAUGCCACAUUUUGA